AUGUGCGUUCUGCUUUUUCUCGUCCUAUUCUCUCCCUCGUUUGCCCUUGAAGUGGCUCUAAUUCCAUCGACAGGUUGCUACAGCCAUGAUGUAAUGAUGAAGGAGGUUGGAUUGAGUAUGCCUUGUGGAACGACUAUUACGUGGAUUCAAACUUUUCUCUACGAUUUCGGUUUUGGUGAGAUUCCACUGCCCACGAAUUGGACUCGCAUGAGCAUUUGGGGUCAUGACAAGGAAGGCGUGGAGUUAAUGCACACAGCGGGUCGUCUUCUAUGGGAACAGAACGUGCCGACCGAUUUUGAUCGACCAUGGGAUUUGCGUGGAAGUUUCAUCUUUUUCAAAAUGCUCGAAAGACAUCAAACAUUCUGUGAAAAGAUGCUCGAUGACCAACGUUUUCUGAAGUAUAUGAAAUCACAAAAGGCCGAUAUCGUUUUAUUGGAUCAUUUCUUACAGGAAUGCAUGGGUGGUUUGGCAUAUCUUCUAAACACUUCCGUUGUGCAAUACUCGAAUUGGCCGAUUGCCGACGGCUACAUUACAUCCUUGAAUGUUCCGGCUAAUCCUAGCGCAAUUCCUAAAACAGGAACUCCGUACAGCGGCUUAGGCAUGUCAUUCGACGAGCGUUUCGGUAACGUUCUCUUCCAUUGGGUAAUUAUUGCGGCACGAUAUAUACAAUCAUACGUUCUGAAAAGAAUGUUUGCAAGAAAGGGAUUUCCUGAUGUGAACAUCAUUCAAUCUGAAGCUGUAAGAACUAUUUACGCUGGUCGAUCAGAAUUUCUCUUCGACGUAGUCCGACCAAUAAAUAAUCGUGUGAAAUAUUUUGGAAGCAGCAACCAGAAGAAUCCAAGCGAUUAUGUUACCUUCAUCCCCGAAAAGGACUGGAACAACGGGACUCUCAGUUGUAGCCAUAGCGGGAACAACAGCCAACACAACUUCAGGCAUUUGAAUAACCCAGUCUGGAAACCCCCCACCUUAACGGAACGUUUCUGCUCAAGUGCUGUUAUUGAAGUAGCUGAUGCCCAAUUUCCUAAAAUAUCUUUAAGAAGGAAAAAUCUCUACAAAAGAUUGAAUAGGAAUGUAGUGAAGGAUAGAUUUAACGUGAUUACCGCACAGUUUCCUGAACUCGACUGGCCUUCACUGGUUAAGGAGAAAUUUAUCUUAGUCAGUUUUGGUAGUGUAGCACAGGCUCAUAACAUGCCGUUGCAUCUCGUUCAAAAGAUCUUCUUUGCAUUUUCACGUUCACCUUACAAAGUAAUUUGGCAAACAAACUCCGUAGCUGAGUCGUUGGUGUGGAUCAGAAAUGAAAGUGUUCCCAAAAAUGUUGUUAUGAUCAACUGGGCGCCUAUUAAAGAAAUGCUAGCGCACCCAAAUCUCCAAUAUUUGAUCUGUCACGGUGGGAUCAACACAAUCAAUGAAUUACUAUUGUUCGGCGUUCCUGUGAUCGGAGUCCAUUUGCAGGGCGACCAAGGAUCAAAUCUAAGACGUUUGGCUGAUCUUGGCGUUGCAGUGAUGAUCUCUAUCGCACAGAUUUCUCGAGGCGAACUUUUUCAAACAAUGAGGAAGUUCGAGGCAAACCUGGAAAGGCACUGGCAAAGAGUCGACCAGUUGUCGUCCAUGAUCGAAACGUAUCGUACACUUAAUAAUGCUCAACAAAGAUUCUGGAUUGGUUGGGUAGCGAAACAUGGAAAGAUGCUACGGAGCAGAAAUUUGUUCAGAAUGUACUACAUUGGUGACACAGAGAAUCUUUUUUGGGGUACUGUGGGCACGAUCUUAAUAGGAUUAUUAGCGUUAGUUUUGCAUUAA